AGAUUCGAAACAAUAAGCUUGCGUUCGGAAACGGUCACCCCUGCCUCCACUGCUAUUCAUCCUGCACUACUCUCAGGGUGGAGUUUCUGAACGCAGCUUAACCCUACUAUAAUCGCGGUAGAUAACAAAUAUUAAGGAUGUUGUGAUUUUUAAAAAAUUUAAUUAGCGAAAAUGAAAAAUGUGGAGAGAUGUAUCUUGCUUAACAAGAAGCGCCAAACAGAUUACAAGUGAGGUUAGUUCGUCCAUAUUGCGAAAUUAUGACUGUCAUAAGUCUCUCGAUUUUCCUUUGCAAGCAAAGCAAAAGAUUUGCUCUCGCGAAUAAGAUCAGUUCAAUAAUUUAUAAUUAUCCGAUAGUCCGAAUGUCAAGUUCAGUCAAAAUGAGCAAACCAAAAAUUUUAAUUACGAGGCCGGAUAUACCAGCGGCUGGCUUAAAUAUACUACGUGAACGGUGUCAAAUUGUAUCAUGGGAAAAAGCUGAACCGAUGCCACGAUCGGAAUUACUAUCUAGGGUACAAGGUGUAAACGCUAUAUACUGUGUUCUGACAGAUAAAAUAGACGAAGAGGUUCUUAUGGCUGCAGGUCCUCAAUUACAAGUUGUAGCGUCUAUGGCAGUAGGUACUAAUCACCUGGAUCUGAAUGCUUUGAAGAAAAGGGGUAUUAGAAUUGGCUAUACUCCAGGCGUCCUGACAGAUGCUACUGCGGAACUGAUCGUAGCCCUUUUAUUAGCUACAUCAAGGAGAUUGCUGGAAGCGAAUAGUGCAAUUUACAAAGGUGAAUGGAAAUCCGCCUGGGCACCGAUGUGGAUGUGCGGCCAUGGAUUAUCAGGUUCGACUGUGGGUAUCGUCGGUUUGGGCAGGAUUGGUAUGCGAGUCGCCGAAUGUCUCAGUGGUUUCAACGUCGCUAAAUUAUUGUACACCAGUAGAACAGUCAAGCCGGAAGCGUUGAAAUUUUGCGGCGAAAAAGUGGAGUUGAAUGAACUGCUUCGAGAUAGCGACUUUGUUAUAGUAAUGACAGCGCUGACGACUGAAACGAGACUCAUGUUCAAUGCCGAGGCUUUCAAACGAAUGAAAAACACAGCCAUCUUCGUGAACGGAAGUCGCGGAGAGGUAGUGGAUCAAGCCGCGCUGAUAGACGCUCUAAAAAGUAAAACAAUCGCAGCUGCUGGGUUGGAUGUCAUGACACCUGAACCGAUACCACUAGACAGCGAACUUUUAAAACUGAAUAAUUGUGUGGUUUUGCCUCAUAUAGGGAGCGCCACUAUGGAAACUAGAGAAGAAAUGUCCAGAAUCACGGCGAAUAAUAUAUUGGCUGUUCUAAACGGAACGCCCGAGGCUAUGCCUGCGCAACUUUAGUAGUAAAUGGACAAAUAUUAUACUGGAUCGGUCGUCAUCAGGAGCAGAAUACUUGAAUAUUUCUCUUACAUUUCAACACACACAAUUCGCACAAUGGUGAGAGACGCAAUCUAUAUGAUUAGCUUGAUAUGAUAAAUUAUGAUUUAUUUUUCAAAAUUAUGUAUGCAAUAGAUUUGAGACGUAUGCAUAAAUAUAUUGAUUAUUAUACGUAUAGCUCUGCUAGAGGGAAAUCAAUCUUCCACUUUGCAAUACAACACAAUAACAAAAAUAUACGCGCAAUUAUGUACAUCUGUAUAAAUGGAGCUAGUGUGAACCUAGGUAUUAACUUGCGCAAAAAAACCUCAAUUACAGUUUGUUUGUAUAUAAUUUGUACUAUUUUUUGUUUUGUUUCUACUUCCAUAAAGUAUGAGAUUGGUUAAAAAGUAGCCAACAUACAUUAAAACAUUUUGCGCUACGUUGUAUUAUUUCUUUAACAAAAAUAAAACUUCUUCGUACAUCGUAAA